AUGGACGGCACCGAAUCCCACCUUCUUUCAGAUUCUGGCUCGCUGAAACCCCCGAAACAUACCAACUCCAUGUCUCAUUCUUCUAUAUCUGUAUCACCCACUAUAACUGGCUCGCGCCUGCGAGGAUCUCGUCGGCCGAGCAGUAGCCACAGCACCAAUGUUACCAUAACACCAGAACUUGUCGCGCCUAUACCAGUACGCCACCCCGAACUACAGGCACUCGACAUGCACGCACGAAACUGGCCAACUUCAUCCUCCCCCGCAUCGUCAUCACGCGCAAUAUCCCCAGUGUCUCCGUGGCGCGGCACGGUCGGCCUAUACCGAAACAGUCUAGCUGCGCUCGCAGAAUCGGACGGUACUGUGGCGAAUGCGCGGGAAGAGGCGGAGACAGGUGGUGGAAGGAGAUGGAUACGUUGGAUGCAUAGGAAUAAUAUGAAGGAUUGGGUGGUGCCGGCAAUCCUAGUAUCAGGCGCCCUCGUGAAGUGGUGUGUUGGUUUGGGGUCUUACUCUGGCCAGGGUACACCUCCCAUGUAUGGCGACUACGAGGCUCAGCGCCACUGGCUAGAACUCACCAUUCACCUGCCAUUCACUGAGUGGUACCGAUAUGACCUGCAGUACUGGGGCCUGGACUACCCACCUCUCACUGCAUACAUCUCUUGGCUAUGCGGAUACAUCGGCGCGUUAUGGGAUCCAUCCUGGUUUGCACUCGACGCGUCGCGAGGGAUUGAGACACCCGGGAGCAAGUUCUACAUGCGACUUACCGUACUUGUCUUCGACUACAUGAUCUAUGUUCCUUCUAUCUUUAUGUUUACUCGGACGUUCCUUGCCUCACGCUCCAGAAGGACCCAAAACUUGGCACUAGUCACUCUGUUGUUCCAACCUGCUCUCUUACUUGUGGAUAAUGGCCACUUCCAGUACAACUCGGUCAUGCUUGGCUUUGCUGUAUUCGCCGCCAACUGCUUCGCACGAGGAUGGGAUGCACUCGGCGCAUUCUGCUUCGUAUGCAGCCUAUGCUUCAAGCAAAUGGCCCUGUAUUAUGCUCCUGCCGUCGGCAUGUAUCUUAUCGGAAAGUGUUUGUACCUUGGGCCAACUGAUGGGACGCGAUUACUUCUCCGUUUAGGAAUCACCACCGCGCUUGCAUUCCUUCUGUUCUUCUUGCCGUUCCUCCCACCUUUCGCGCCGCUCUCCGCCGUACUCGACCCCGUCACUCGCAUCUUUCCCUUCAACCGUGGCAUCUUCGAAGAUAAGGUCGCAAAUUUCUGGUGCGCGUCCAAUGUCGUGCUCAAAUGGCGGACAUGGGCCUCUCGCGAUUUCCUUAUGCGGCUAUCAACACUUCUUACACUCGUCGGUUUUCUCGGCGCAGCUAUUGCACCCGUGAAAGCAUGGCUUAGGCUCGCAGCCGCAACACCGAUCGCAGAGAGAAGCAAAGCGGGCGUGCCAGCCGUCAUGCAACCCGUGCUGUUGCAGGCGCUACUGAACAGCGCCAUGUCAUUCUUCCUAUUCUCGUUCCAGGUCCACGAGAAGACCAUCCUCGUUCCGCUUCUUCCGCUCACAUUGCUGAGCGCGGGCGCCGCGCCUGAGAGUAAUACAUUCGCGCUCGGCGUUCUGGCGAAUAAUGUUGCCGUCUUCAGCAUGUCGCCGCUCUUGCGCCGCGACGGGCUGGCCUUGCAGUAUGUCGCGUUGACGCUGCUCUGGAACAAGAUCAUCGGAUACAACCCAGCGCGAUAUCCUCUGUCAUCGCUCGUCUACACAGCUUGCGCCGUGUUUCACAUAGCAGAACUCCUAGUGCCGCCACCCGCGCGCUAUCCCGAUCUGUAUCCCGUCCUCAACGUACUGGUCAGCACUCCCAUCUUCGGCUUGGCCUGGCUCUGGAGCAUAAAGUCAAUCAUCGAGGCACGCUGGGCCGUCGGAGGCCUCGGGAUGGGCUCCGGCGCGUCGGAUGCUGCGAUGACGCCGGCGACGGAGACUGCAAGUCUUGAGGGCAAUCCUCUGAAGCUCAAGGGCAUAGGAAGCUUGAGGGAACGGGGAUUCCGGACGACGAGCCUGGGAUACGCAUCUGGAGGCAGCAUUGGACGCGGAAGGAGAAGAACAUCGUCUCGUGCGAGCGCGGCGGGAUGA